AUGGAGGGGUCCAGCAGUUGUGAUGGUUACAGGUGCAUGGAAUGCAGUGGCAAGGCCCCCGAGCUGUACAGGGACUAUCAGCAUGGGGGGCUGCACCUCAGCAUUUGCAAAUCCUGCCAGAAACCUGUGGACAAGUAUAUUGAGUAUGACCCUAUUAUCAUCCUGAUUAACGCCAUUUUAUGCAAAGCACAGGCUUACAGACACAUUCUGUUCAAUACGAAGAUAAAUAUUCAUGGGAAGCUCUGCAUAUUUUGUUUGCUUUGUGAAGCUUAUGUCAGGUGGCUACAGCUACAAGAUUUUAGCCAAAACAUAGAUCCUGAUGACUUAAUCAGAUAUGCCAAGGAAUGGGAAUUGUAUAGAAUGGUUGGAAUAGCUUCUUUAGAGCAAACUUCAUUUUUGGUUGACAUUUUUACUGCCCUAUGGAGAGCCAGGCCUAAGAUGCUGAAAAGAAACUCUGACUUCAUCUUACUUCUGAAAGCCCUGCUGUUGUCUAGUUAUAGAAAACUUCUGCUGACUCCAGCUAUUAUUUGGGAACAUAACUACACCCCUUUGUGUCUCCAUCUCAUAAAUGUAUUUGUACUAACAUCUAACUCACAAGUAAUUGGAGUUACAUUGAACUUAAGCCGAAAGUUUGUUUUGUUGGCCAUUCUGAGUGGAUUGCUUUUUAAAAGUGAUAUUGUCUAUUUGUUCCAGAGAAUGGGAUUAAAUGUUUCAAAUGACUGUUCUUUAUGUGAGAGUCAAGGAUUUCAUUGGGUGAUAUCAUUGGCUUUUAUUGGAGCAACUGUAUAG